CUUGCCCUCCUUUCACCUCAGACGGCCUGCUUCCUCUGGAAACAUGUCCAAGUCCCUGCACCCAACCUUGGACCCCACAGAGAUGGGGGUGGGAUGCUCCAUUGCUGUGCUGACCUCAGGGGGCGAUGCUCAAGGCAUGAACGCCACUGUGAGAGCGACAGUCAGAGUUGGUCUCUACACUGGAGCCAAAGUCUAUUUUGUUCAUGAGGGCUACCAAGGCCUGGUGGACGGAGGAGCCAACAUUCGUCCUGCCACGUGGGAGAGUGUUUCAAUGAUGCUUCAGCUGGGAGGAACUGUCAUCGGCAGUGCCCGCUGCAAAGACUUCCGGACCAGGGAGGGGCGUAUGAAAGCAGCUUGCAACCUGGUGAAGCUCAGCAUCACCAACCUGUGUGUCAUCGGAGGCGACGGAAGCCUCACCGGUGCCAAUGAGUUUAGGAACGAGUGGAGCGGACUUUUGGCUGACUUGGUCCAAGCUGGUCAAAUCACGGCUGAAGAAGCCAAAAGAUCCUCCCACCUGAACAUUGUGGGCAUGGUCGGCUCCAUUGACAACGACUUCUGCGGCACAGACAUGACCAUUGGCACUGACUCCGCCUUGCACCGCAUCAUAGAGGUGGUGGACGCCAUCACAACAACAGCCCAGAGCCACCAGAGAACCUUCAUCCUGGAGGUGAUGGGCAGACACUGUGGGUACCUAGCCUUGGUGACUGCCCUGGCCUGCGGCGCAGACUGGGUGUUCAUUCCCGAGAUGCCACCAGAUGAUGGCUGGGAGGACCACCUGUGCAGGAGGCUGGCAGAACAACGGGCCAGAGGUUCUCGUCUUAAUGUGAUCAUCGUGGCUGAGGGUGCCAUGUCCAGAGAUGGCAAACCGAUCUCAUCCGACAAAAUUAAAAAGCUGGUGACUGACAGACUUGGCUUUGAUACUCGUACCACCGUUCUUGGACACGUGCAGAGGGGAGGGACACCCUCUGCCUUUGACAGAAUCCUGGGCAGCAGAAUGGGAGUCGAAGCGGUGAUGGCUCUCCUGGAGGCCACACCAGACACCCCAGCCUGUGUGGUCAGCCUCUCUGGGAACCAAGCAGUCAGGCUGCCACUCAUGGAAUGUGUGCAAGUGACCAAAGAUGUGACUGCUGCCAUGGCUGAAGGCAGGUUUGAGGAUGCCAUCAAGCUCAGAGGAAAGAGCUUUGAAAACAACUGGAAUACAUACAAGCUGCUGGCCCACAUUAACCCUCCAGAUGUUAAAAGCAACAUCAACGUGGCCAUCAUGAAUAUCGGCGCCCCAUGCGCUGGCAUGAAUGCAGCCGUGCGUGCCGCAGUCAGGAUGGGCAUCGUCCAGGGUCACAACAUGUUGGCUGUUCAUGAUGGCUUUGACGGCCUUGCGCAUGGACAGGUAGAGCCAAUCAACUGGACUUCAGUGGGCGGCUGGACUGGAAUAGGAGGCUCCAUGUUGGGCACCAAGAGAACCCUUCCAGGUAAAUUCAUGGAGGAAAUCAGUCAGAACAUUGCCAAGUUCAACAUCCACGCCCUGGUGAUCAUUGGAGGAUUUGAGGCCUACGUGGGGGGUCUGGAGCUGGUCCAGUCCCGAGAGAAAUACGAGGAGAUGUGUAUCCCCAUGGUGGUUAUCCCUGCCACCGUCUCCAACAACGUUCCCGGCUCAGACUUUAGCAUCGGCGCUGACACCGCUCUCAACACUAUCACUUCUACAUGUGACAGGAUCAAGCAGUCAGCGGCAGGGACCAAACGUCGUGUAUUCAUCGUUGAGACGAUGGGCGGCUACUGCGGCUACUUGGCCACCAUGGCCGGCCUGGCUGCUGGGGCUGACGCUGCUUACAUCUUUGAGGAAAAAUUCAACAUCAAAGACCUGGAGGUGAAUGUUGAGCAUCUGUGUGAGAAGAUGAAGACCACAGUAAAAAGAGGCUUGGUUCUCAGGAACGAGAACUCCAAUGCCAACUACACCACAGACUUCAUCUUCAAUUUAUACUCCGAGGAAGGCAAAGGCAUCUUUGACUGUCGAAAAAAUGUCCUCGGCCACAUGCAACAGGGCGGUACUCCAACACCUUUUGAUAGGAACUUUGGUACGAAGAUGGGCGCUAAGUCGGUCCUGUGGGUGACUGAGAAGCUCAAGGAGUGCUAUAGACACGGUCGCAUCUUUGCGAAUACGCCAGACUCCGCCUGUGUGCUGGGCAUGAAGAAGAGGGCGCUCACCUUUCAGCCUCUGGCUGAACUGAAGGGAGACACAGACUUCGAGCACCGUAUUCCUAAAACACAGUGGUGGCUGAAGAUCAGGCCGAUCAUGAAGAUCCUGGCUAAGUACGACAUAAAACUGGAUACAUUGGAACAUGCAGACAUGGAACAUGUGAUCAAGAAGAGGACUGCCCUUGGCCACUAAGGGGACACUGAUAAGAGAUAUUAGACAUGUUUUUGUUGAAUGGUGUUUCCUCGACUGGUCCACGUCUCCCCGCUUUAACACAAGGCACAGGGUUCCCAAGAGAGUCUCGUCCUGACAAAUAAUCACUAAAAACUUAUUGAUUUCAUGUAAAUAUGCCCCCUCGGGGCUGUGAGUUGCAUAUGGAUAAUAUUGUGGGGGUGCCAAGCUUUCAUUCGUAAUUAA